UUAAUCAUCAUAAAGAAGAUCACUGAAUUUUAAAAGAAAUGUUGGAAACCAUAGACAAAAACCGAGCCCUACAGGCAGCAGAGCGCUUGCAGGCCAAGCUGCGAGAACGCGGAGAUGUGGCAAAUGAGGACAAGCUGAACCUUCUGAAGUCUGUCCUUCAGAGCCCACUCUUUAGCCAGAUUCUGAACCUUCAGACUUCUGCGCAACAUCUGAAAGACCAGGUAAACAUUGCAACUUCCAUGACUUCAGAUGUUGAAAGUGGCCACAUUCCAUAUCUCAGUCCAACUGUAAUUUCUGCUCCACAAAAUGAAUCAUUUUUAUUGUCCCCAAAUAAUGGGAAUGUGGAAGCACUUAUGGGAUCUGGGACUCCACACACCAAUGGGAAAUCCACUUGUGAUGACUUCGAUCAGCUGAUCAAAAAUAUGGCUCAGGGUCGCCAUGUGGAGGUUUUUGAGCUCCUCAAACCAUCAAGUGGAGGCCUUGGGUUUAGUGUUGUGGGACUAAGGAGUGAAAACAGAGGAGAACUGGGAAUCUUUGUGCAAGAAAUACAGGAGGGCAGUGUGGCUCACAGAGAUGGACGAUUGAAGGAAACUGAUCAAAUCCUUGCUAUCAAUGGGCAGGCACUUGAUCAGACAAUCACACAUCAACAGGCUAUUAGCAUCCUUCAGAAAGCCAGAGAUAAUGUCCAGCUAGUGAUCGCCCGAGGCUCCUUGCCUCAGCUCAUCAGCCCUAUAGUGUCCCGGUCUCCAUCUGCAGCCAGCACUGUUUCAGCUCACUCCAAUCCGGUUCACUGGCAGCAUGUGGAAACUAUUGAGUUGGUGAAUGAUGGAUCUGGUCUGGGAUUUGGCAUCAUAGGAGGAAAAGCCACUGGUGUGAUAGUCAAAACCAUUCUACCUGGAGGGGUAGCUGAUCAGCAUGGGCGUCUGUGCAGCGGAGACCAUAUUCUAAAGAUUGGUGACACAGAUCUAGCAGGAAUGAGCAGUGAGCAAGUAGCACAAGUCCUCAGGCAAUGUGGAAGCAGAGUGAAGUUGGUGAUCGCAAGAGGGGCCGUAGAAGAAGCAACAGCACCCACCUCUUUGGGCAUCACCCUCUCCUCAUCCCCAACUUCCAUGCCAGAGACCCGGGUCGAUGCUUCUACUCAGAAAAGUGAAGAAAGUGAGACAUUUGAUGUGGAACUCACUAAAAAUAUUCAAGGAUUAGGAAUUACUAUUGCUGGUUACAUUGGAGAUAAAAAAUUAGAACCUUCAGGAAUCUUUGUAAAGAGCAUUACAAAAAGCAGUGCUGUUGAACAUGAUGGAAGAAUCCAAAUUGGAGACCAAAUUAUAGCAGUAGAUGGCACAAACCUUCAGGGUUUCACCAAUCAACAAGCAGUAGAGGUGCUGCGACACACAGGACAAACUGUGCACCUGACACUAAUGAGGAGAGGAGGGACAAAGCAGGAAGCUGAGCUCACACCGGUGGAGGACAUCACAAAAGAUACAGUUCUGUCACCUCUUAAUGCCAGCAUGAGCAAAGAAAAUUAUGAAAAAGAUGAAGAUUCUUUAUCUUUGAGGAGAAACACCAACAUAUUACCAAUUGAAGAAGAAGAGUAUCCAUUAUUGGCUGCUGAGAUGGAAGAAAUAGAAGAUGUGCAACAAAAAGAAGCUUCCCUGCUGACAAAGUGGCAAAGGAUUAUGGGAAUUAAUUAUGAAGUAGUGGUGGCCCAUGUGAGCAAGUUCAGUGAGAACAGUGGAUUGGGGAUAAGUCUGGAAGCAACAGUGGGGCAUCAUUUUAUCCGUUCUGUUCUACCAGAAGGUCCUGUUGGACACAGUGGGAAGCUGUUCAGUGGAGAUGAGCUAUUGGAAGUGAAUGGCAUAACUUUGCUGGGAGAAAAUCACCAAGAUGUGGUCAAUAUUUUAAAGGAACUACCUAUAGAAGUGACAGUGGUAUGCUGCCGUCGAACUGUGCCACCCACCACCCAUGCAGAAUUGGAUAGAUUGGAUUUAGGUGAUAUUGAACUAACAGAAAAGCCUCAUGUGGACCUGGGCGAGUUCAUCGGGUCAUCCGAGACAGAGGAUACUGUGCUGGCGAUGACCAAUGUGGGUCAGAAUAUGGAGGAAGUUCAAGGACCUUUGGCCAUGUGGGAGGCAGAUGUUCAGCACAUAGAGCUGGAGAAAAGGAACAAAGGACUUGGUUUUAGCAUUUUAGAUUAUCAGGAUCCAGUUGAUCCAGCUAGCACAGUGAUUGUGAUUCGUUCCUUGGUGCCUGGUGGUGUUGCUGAAAAGGAUGGACGACUUCUUCCUGGAGAUCGACUCAUGUUUGUCAAUGAUGUUAACUUGGAAAACAGCAGUCUUGAAGAAGCGGUACAAGCACUGAAGGGUGCACCCUCAGGAACUGUGAGAAUAGGUGUGGCCAAGCCUUUACUGCUUUCGCCAGAAGAAGGCUAUGUUUCUGCUAAGGAGGACUCCUUUUUCUACCCACCACACUCCUGCCAGGAGGAGGGGCUGGCUGACAAAGCCCUCUUCAGGGCUGAUUUGGCUCUGGUGGACACAAAUGAUGCUGACUUAGUAAAUGAAUCCACAUUUGAGUCUCAGUACUCUCCUGAUAAUGACAGUAUCUACUCCACUCAAGCUUCUAUUUUAUCUGUUCAUGGUAGUGCUUGUAGUGAUGGCCUGAACUAUGGCCCCUCUCUUGCAUCAUCACCUCCCAAGGAUGUGGCAGAAAAUUCGUCAGAUCCAGUACUUGAUCUCCAUAUGUCCUUGGAGGAGCUAUAUGCCCAGAAUCUCCUGCAACAACAGGAUGAGAACGUGCCUUCAGUGGACUUGAGCAUGGGAUCUACUUCUGGCUUUACCUUAAAUGACUAUACACCUGCAAAUGCUAUCGAGCAACAAUACAAAUGUGACAACACAAAAACAUGGACUGAAUCUCAGUUACCAAAUGAGUUUAUAUCAAGUGCAGAGCUUAGUUCUUCUGUGCUCCCUGAUUCAACUAGAAAGGGCUCCGAGUACUUACUUGAAAAGAGCUCCCUGGCCUCUCCUGCUGAGUGUGUCAUGCUCCAAAACACAACCAGAGAAUCUUUUGAGAGGACUAUUACUAUAGCAAAAGGCAAUUCUAGCCUAGGGAUGACAGUAAGUGCUAAUAAAGAUGGCUUGGGGAUGAUUGUUCGAAGCAUUAUUCAUGGUGGUGCCAUCAGUCGAGAUGGCCGGAUUGCUGUUGGGGACUGCAUUUUGUCCAUUAAUGAAGAAUCUACCAUCAGUUUAACCAAUGCCCAGGCACGAGCAAUGUUGAGAAGACAUUCACUUAUUGGGCCUGACAUAAAAAUUGCUUAUGUGCCAGCAGAACAUUUGGAAGAGUUCAGAGUGAGCUUGGAACAACAAUCUGGAGGAAUAAUGGCACUAGAUAUAUUUUCUUCAUACACUGGAAGAGACAUCCCAGAACUACCAGAGCGAGAAGAAGGAGAGGGAGAGGAAAGUGAACUUCAAAACGUAGCAUACAGCAAUUGGAAUCAGCCCCGGAGGGUUGAACUUUGGAGAGAACCAAGCAAAUCACUGGGCAUCAGCAUUGUUGGUGGACGAGGGAUGGGAAGUCGUCUAAGCAAUGGUGAAGUGAUGAGGGGCAUUUUCAUCAAGCAUGUCCUUGAAGAUAGUCCAGCUGGCAAAAAUGGAACCUUGAAACCUGGAGAUAGAAUUGUAGAGGUGGAUGGAAUGGAUCUCAGAGAUGCAAGCCAUGAGCAAGCUGUGGAAGCCAUUCGGAAAGCAGGCAACCCUGUAGUCUUUAUGGUACAGAGCAUUAUAAACAGACCAAGGGCAUCCGGGCAGUCAGAGUUGGAGCCAGAAAAGACUCCAUUGUGCAACGUGCCUCUGCCCCCUCCUUCAGCAUUUGCAGAAAUGGGCAGUGAUCUUGCACAGUCCUCUGCAAGCAAAGUCUCAGAAGAUGUGGACAAAGAGGAUGAGUUUGGUUACAGCUGGAAAAGUAUCAAAGAGCGUUAUGGAACCCUACUAGGUGAGCUCCAUAUGAUUGAAUUGGAGAAAGGUCGUAGCGGCUUGGGUCUAAGCCUUGCUGGAAAUAAAGAUCGAUCCAGGAUGAGUGUCUUUAUAGUAGGAAUUGAUCCCAAUGGAGCAGCUGGGAAAGAUGGCAGGUUACAGAUUGCAGAUGAGCUUCUAGAGAUCAAUGGUCAGAUUUUAUAUGGACAAAGUCAUCAGAAUGCCUCAUCAAUCAUUAAAUGUGCCCCUUCCAAAGUAAAAAUAAUUUUUAUCCGAAAUAAAGAUGCAGUGAGUCAGAUGGCUGUAUGCCCUGGAAAUACAGUAGAACCUUUGUCUGCUACCUCAGAAAAUCUUCAAAAUAAGGAGGCUGAUCCAAGUAUUACUACAAGCAACCCACCUAUUGACCUCAGUUCAUUUAAAAAUGUGCAACACCUGGAGCUUCCCAAGGAUCAAGGGGGUUUGGGCAUUGCUAUCAGUGAAGAAGAUACACUCAUGGGAGUCGUCAUAAAGAGUCUAACAGAGCAGGGUGUGGCAGCCAAGGAUGGACGGCUCAAAGUUGGAAAUCAGAUCUUGGCUGUAGAUGAUGAAGUUGUUGUUGGUUAUCCUGUUGAAAAGUUUAUUAGCCUUCUGAAGACAACAAAGACCACAGUGAAACUUACCAUUCAUGCUGAGAACCCAGAUCCCCAGACUAUUCCUUCAGCAGCUGGUACAGCGAAUGGGGAGAAAAAGAACAGCUCCCAGUCUCCGAUGCUCCCACCUUCUAGCUCCCCAGAACCAGAGCCUCUUCGAAGUACAAGCAGAUCAUCCACACCUGCAGUCUUUGCCUGUGAUCCUGCAACCUGCCCCAUCAUUCCUGGCUGUGAAACCACUAUUGAGAUUUCCAAAGGGCGGACUGGGCUGGGCCUGAGCAUCGUUGGUGGGUCAGACACACUGUUGGGUGCCAUUAUUAUCCAUGAAGUUUAUGAAGAAGGAGCAGCAUGUAAAGAUGGAAGACUCUGGGCUGGAGAUCAGAUUUUAGAGGUGAAUGGAAUUGACUUGAGAAAGGCCACACAUGAUGAAGCAAUAAAUGUCCUGAGACAGACUCCACAAAGGGUGCGCCUGACGCUCUACAGAGAUGAGACUCCCUACAAAGAGGAGGACGUGUAUGACACCCUCACCAUUGAGCUGCAGAAGAAGCCAGGAAAAGGCCUGGGAUUAAGUAUUGUUGGUAAAAGAAAUGAUACUGGAGUAUUUGUAUCAGAUAUUGUCAAAGGGGGAAUUGCAGAUGUUGACAGAAGGCUGAUGCAAGGAGACCAGAUACUGGUGGUCAAUGGAGAAGAUGUCCGGAAUGCCACCCAGGAAGCAGUUGCUGCUUUGCUAAAGUGUUCCCUAGGCACAGUAACCUUGGAAGUUGGAAGAAUCAAAACUGGUCCAUUUCAUUCUGAGAGGCGGCCGUCUCAAAGUAGCCAGGUGAGUGAAGGUAGCCUGUCAUCUUUCACUUUUCCACUUUCUGGAUCCAGUACCUCUGAGUCACUGGAAAGUACCUCCAAGAAGAAUGCAUUGGCAUCAGAAAUCCAGGGAAUAAGAACAGUUGAAAUAAAAAAGGGACCUACUGACUCUUUGGGAAUCAGCAUUGCUGGAGGAGUGGGCAGCCCUCUUGGUGACGUUCCAAUAUUUAUUGCCAUGAUGCAUCCAAAUGGAGUUGCAGCUCAGACUCAGAAACUCAGAGUUGGGGAUAGGAUUGUCACUAUUUGUGGCACAUCCACUGAGGGGAUGACUCACACCCAAGCAGUGAACUUACUGAAAAAUGCCUCUGGCUCCAUUGAAAUGCAGGUGGUCGCUGGAGGAGAGGUGAGUGUGGUCACAGGCCAGCAGCUGGAACCUGCCAGUUCCAGUCUGUCCUUCACAGGACUGGCAUCAAGCAGUCUAUUUCAGGAUGAUUUAGGACCUCCUCAGUGCAAGUCUAUUACUCUUGACCGAGGCCCAGAUGGUUUAGGCUUCAGUAUAGUAGGAGGGUAUGGCAGCCCUCAUGGAGACUUACCCAUUUAUGUGAAAACUGUGUUUGCCAAGGGAGCAGCCUCUGAAGAUGGGCGUCUAAAAAGGGGUGAUCAGAUCAUCGCUGUCAAUGGGCAGAGUCUGGAAGGGGUAACCCAUGAAGAAGCUGUUGCCAUCCUUAAGCGGACAAAAGGCACUGUCACUUUGAUAGUUCUCUCUUGAAUUGCUGUCAGAAUGGAGUCCAACCAAUACUUCAUUUGCAUUCUACACUUUAAAGAGAACAGAACCAUUCUGUGGACUACUUUUCCCAGGCUGUGUUCAUCAGGCUCUUCAA